UAAAGGGCAGCUCUCGCUUUUCCUCUCUCAUUGUACUUUUUGGCAGGAUGGGUUUAGGAGAGAGGAGUUAUGUCAGGUGGGUGUUGCUGCUGGGCCUGGUUUAUGGGCCAGCUUUUGGAGAUGGCAUGAGACAUAGGCGCCAGUCGGACUGGUGGAGGAAUUCCCAACGGGUUGUACCUGUCCAGAGCCAGGGCUCUCCAAGAGGGGGUUCCAGAGAUGUUUACUGGGGAGGUAGAGAGCCUGUAUUUGGGUUUGGUGCUUCUAGAGGUGGUGCUCCGUGGGGUUCACCUGGUGGGAUGCUCCGCCAGCAGCCCCCGACUGUAAUUUCUACUUCCCCCAUCAGUGUCCAAUGUGAAGAGGACAGCAUGGUGGUCAGUGUCAUGAUGGACUUUUAUGGGAAUGGAAAGUUGGUGAAACCUUCUGAUCUGAGCCUGGGACCCCAAGGCUGCAAGCCCAACACCCAAAGUGCUGAUGAUGUUAUCUUCCAGAUUAGUCUCCAGGAUUGUGGCAACACUGUGCAGAUGAUUCAAGACUGGGUGAUCUAUGCUACCAACCUGACCUACAGCCCAACCUCCUCCAUUCCAAUCAUUAGAACCAACUCGGCUGUGGUCCCCAUAAUGUGCUAUUAUUACCGGCAUGCCAAUGUGAGCAGCAAGGCCAUUGAGCCAACAUGGGUUCCAUUCAGCAGCACAGUGUCCUUAGAAGAGAGGCUGUCCUUCUCCUUGAGGCUAAUGACUGAGAAUUGGAGUGGCCCUAGAAGUUCUCCCAUCUAUCAGCUUGGAGACAUCCUCUACAUAGAGGCCUCUGUGGAUACUCAGAACCAUGUUGGACUGAUCCUGUAUAUUGACCGCUGUGUGACCACCAUAUCGCCUGACCCCGCCUCUGCUCCUAGUUAUGACAUCAUUGCAUACAAUGGGUGUUUAAUUGAUGGCAUGCAAGAUGACUCCUCUUCAGCCUUCAUCACUCCAAGGGUUGAGCCAGACAGGCUCCAGUUCACAGUGGAUGCUUUCCGAUUCCUAGGAAAUGAUGCCUCUCUGAUCUACAUAACCUGUUACCUGAGAGCUGCUGCAACGACCCAGGUCCCUGACGCCAUGAACAAGGCCUGUUCCUAUAGCAAAGCCACAGAAAGUUGGUCUGCAGUUGAGGGCCCCAGCGGUAUCUGCCAGUGUUGUGGUACAGGCACCUGCAGCAACCCUACUAAUCUGGUUUCAGGAGGAAGGGGGCGAUUUGGAAGACCAAGAGUGUUUGGGAAGAGGGAAGCCUUGGAUGAACCCCGCCCAGAAGAGGGACAAUCUGUGACUACUCUAGGACCUCUGCUUGUGAUUGGGCCCAAACAAAGGGAUGUUUCAGCUGCCACGAAAACAGAAGAGUCUGCCCCUGUGGACCUCUGGGUGUGGGUGGCUGUUGGAUGUGUCGGUCUUCUUAUUGUCCUUGUAUGUGCAAUAUUUAUUGGGAAAUCUCUGAAAAAGCCACAGUAUGUGCUAUCUGUGCAACAAUAAAAAAACUCUACAGAUCUA